AUGGCAUCACUUUGUAGACGAAUAUAUCUAUUUUCAACCAAGAAGCAUGUCUUGCAUACCAGUUACCGUUUUGGUGUCAAAGUGACGAUGGGCGAUCCAUUAGAUCACGCAACUGGCUUGGAAAAGCGAGAAUUACUGGCCAAAGUAGCAGGAAAUCAUAACCCGUUCGAUUACAAAGUACUUAAAAGAGGUUCUGGUACCAAAGAUUGUCCCAACAACAUUCCAUCAGCUUUCGAUUGUCGUUUAGUAGGUUGUAUCUGCGAAGAAGAAUCUACCAGCAUUAAUUGGAUGUGGUUGCACAAGGGGGAACCCAAGCGAUGCGAGUGUGGGUACUGGUUCUGUUUGGUACACAAAAAACCUUUAUAGAUAACCAAAAAAUAAACAUUGUUAAUGUGUAAUUCUAAAGUGUUUUGUAGUGAAUAUAUUUCGUUCUUUAAAUUAUGAAUAGUUU